AUGGCCACUUCGGAGCUCGCGUCCACCUACGCCGCCCUCAUCCUCGCGGACGAGGGUCUUGAGAUCACCGCCGACAAGAUCGUCGCCAUCGCUUCGGCUGCCAACGUCGAGGUCGAGCCCAUCUGGGCCUCGCUCCUCGCCAAGGCUCUCGAGGGCAAGGACGUCAAGGAGCUCCUCACCAACGUUGGUGCGGGCGGCGCGGCCCCGGCUGCUGGCGCUUCGUCGGGCGGCGCUGCCGCUGGCGGUGCCGCCGAGGAGGCCAAGGAGGAGGCGAAGGAGGAGGACAAGGAGGAGUCGGACGACGACAUGGGCUUCGGCCUGUUCGACUAAGCGUCGAGCUUCACUGGUCGUCGGCGCUACCUUGCGUCUGCAACUUCGUUCAAUCCACUCUC